AAUGAUGACAUUUCGCCACACGCACACAUCUAUCCCCUGUAUCAACAAAAACAUUGAUGUCGAUUUUUCCUUCGCAAAGAAAAAAGACACGUUAGUAUGACUAGUUGUGUGCAUGUAAUUUGCUAGUUUUGCUCAUUAGAUAGUUAAAAAAUUGCACGGCGUUGUGCGUUAAAGGUUACAGCAGACUGAGUCGAUAUCCUGCUUUUGGUCGGAGUUGAUCGUUCCUGGGUAAAACAAUGUCACAGUCCAAAGGCAGCACUGAGAAACCGAAGCCAACAGAAAAGGAGACAGGCAAGAGUAACCUUAAUCUGACGGCGGAUGAACUGAAAGAGGAAGGAAAUCGGUGUGUGAAAGCCGGCAAAUUCACCGAAGCGAUCCUUCAUUACACUCAUGCCAUCAAGCUUAGUCCCGCGGAUCCUAUACUGUACAGUAAUCGAUCGUUGGCUUUCUGCAAGAUGCAGCAGUACUACUACGCCAAUGCAGACGCAGACAAGGCGAUCACACUGAACCCUACCUGGGCGAAAGGGUACUUCCGGAAGGCGGAAGUUAGCAUGGCUGUGGGCCAGUACGACACAGCGCUGCUCUCGUACGGCAAGGCGCUGCAACUUCAACCACAGGAUAUGGGAAUCAUUCAGGCUGCGCGGAAAGCUGCCACGUUAAGCAACAAAGAGCGUGAGGACGAAAAGCGUUCCCCAUUCAUUGGCAGUGCGAUUGGCUGUGUGAUCGGCUUAUGCAUCGUGCUGGCCGAUAUGUUGCUAACAGAAAAUCCGACCAUCAGGUAUUCUUCGUUAAUGGUAUUCAUCAUAAUGGUGAUCACUAGCAUGGGAUUCGGAGUGGCAAAAUUAGUAUGGUACUACAAAAAAUUGCAGCGAAAAGGUCUGCUUGAUCCGCCAAUUGACAUAUUAGAAGAUUUUCAAAAGCAAGAAGAGCACGAGGAUACCUCACAAACGGGCGACCAACGUCACGAAAGGAAUCGAUACACAAAAGCACAAGCAAGACAGCGUUUGAAAAAGGCAAAAAUAUAGUGUGAUGGCCUUUUCGGCAAAGAACACGUGCUGGAGCGCUCGAUAUGAUGUUGUACUCGUUUUCAUUGCGGACAUUUUGCCGAUUGCCACACGUACUGUGCCGUUUAUAGUUAAAUAUCCAAAGGUUUUUUUUUUGUGUCGGGACUUUGUCAAAGUAAUCAACAUGCGCAGAGGUGUUCGAAUCGAAACCACACUUUAGGAACACAGUUCCAGCUAGCAUUAUACUUUUUCCCAAAAUGUUCACAUUUGGUGUGGUAGAAUAGAAACCUUAUUAGUUAUAUAAUUUUUCGUUGGAAUACAAGAUCGAAGUAAAUGAGUUUCCAAUAAAUUUAAAUAUCUGAGACAA